UUCGGCAAACUCAUAACGACGACAACCAUGUCGCUGCACAAGUCUCUGAUAUUCGCUCUCUUUGGCCUGCUGGCCACGCUUGCUGUUGGCCAGGCGGAACGUGUCCGCUACGACAACUAUCGCCUCUACAAGGCCAAUGCAGCGAACGAGGCUCAACUCGCCGUGCUAAAGGAUCUGGAGGGUUCCACCGACUCCAUCCUCUUCCUAGAUGGUGUUCACAUUGUGGGCACCGAUGUUCAGAUGGUUGUCGCUCCCCACAAGGUGCCCGAUCUAUUGGACCUGAUGGGCAAGGCUGAGAUUAAAUACGAGCUGCAAUCGAAGGAUUUCCAGAAGUCUAUGGAUGAGGUCGACGAGAAGGUUGCCAUCAAGGGUCGCGCUAGCACCGACUACAACUGGGUGCAGUACUAUGAACUGGAUGACACCUACUCCUGGAUGCAAUCCCUGGCCAAGAAGUACCCCAAUGCUGUAACCCUGAUUGAGGGUGGCAAGACCUACCAGGGUCGUUCGAUUUUGGGUCUGAAAAUCUCCAAGAGCGGCGCCGAAAAGCCCGGCAUCUUCCUGGAGGCUGGCAUUCAUGCUCGCGAAUGGAUCGCUCCUGCAGCUGCCACCUACAUCAUCAACCAAUUGCUGACCUCUGAGGUGGAUUCCGUCAAGAACUUGGCCGAGAACUACAAUUGGUAUGUCAUUCCCCAUGCCAAUCCCGAUGGGUUCGUGUACUCCCACACCUACGAUCGCCUGUGGCGCAAGACUCGCACUCCUUAUGGCAGAUGCUAUGGCGCUGAUCCUAACCGCAACUGGGACUUCCAUUGGAAUGAGGUGGACCCCAGCAACGAUGCCUGCUCUGAAACCUAUGCUGGUCCCGAGGCCUUCUCUGAGAUUGAGACUUAUUCGCUGUCGCAAUACAUUGCCUCGAUAAAGGACAAGAUUCAGCUGUACAUCUCGCUCCACUCUUACGCGCAGUAUCUGCUGUAUCCUUAUGGCCACACCAAUGAGCUGCCCGACAACGUCAAGGACUUCCAGCAAGUGUUCAAUGCCGCUGUGAGCGCAGUGUCCAAGCGUUACAACACCAAGUACACUGGUGGCAAUAUCUAUGAUGCCAUCUACCCCGCAGCUGGUGCCAGCGUUGAUUGGGCUUAUGGCACUCAGGGUGUGCGCAUGUCUUUCUGCUAUGAGCUGCGUCCUAAGAGGUGGAAUAUUCAAACUGGCUUCAUAUUGCCCGCUGCGCAAAUUAUUCCUGCCAGCGAGGAGUUGUUGGACUCGAUUGUGGCCAUGGUUAGUGAGGUCAAGACUCUGGGAUACUUCGAUUAAAAAGAACUACGAAAUAAACGACUUACAUUUUGGCAGCAUAA